GGCUCGCUUUUGGAUCCCGAGUUUCCAUCCUUCUCUUAUUUCUUACUGGUGGGGAAAAAAUGCUUAAAACGGGCUAAAUUCAAAAAAUAACCACGCAGAGCGAAAGAAGUGCUAUUUCUCAAUGAUUAGGACACCACAGAAACCAAGCUUGGGCUACCUGUGCUUGAACUUCGUAUCUUUGUGGUGAGAAGACUCGAGGUUUGUAGUUGAGUAAUUAGAGCUCCUAAGUAAGCAAACCAAUAGAACAGUUAAUUCUAAACGUUACGACAACUACUGUGACAACAAGAUUGGGAAGACAUGCAACUUGUUUACUGGUGCAUUAAAAACAAGCCGUAAAAUAAAGGAAGCACGAAAGGUCUGACUCAAGAGACUGUUCAUAUGCAGGAGAAAGCGACUUGCUCUUAAUGUUAUCAAGGUGUUACGUCCUGGUCACAUUUACUCGUGUUAAAAAUAUUAAUAUUUCAACAAAUCAGAAUGGCUUCACAAGUGGAUCUUGUGCAAGUUGCAUCAAAGGCAUUUGAGAGUGCUAAUAAUUAUGAUGAAGUAAGAAAGGAUCAUAGUCUAGAGUCUGCCAAGCUUUUUCUUGCAAAGUUGAAUAACAAUGAGAAGAGCACUGUUCUAGAGCUUGCUGCAGGGACAGGAAAGUUCACUAAGGUCCUCCUUCAAGCCAUUGAUAAUGAUAACAUACAGCUCAUUGCCAGUGAACCAGUAGAAAGCAUGGGAAAGGUGCUCAAGAAGAAUUUCCCAGCAUUGGAGUUCAUUUGUUGUAGAUCAGAGAAAAUACCUCUUCCUGAUUCUAGUGUUCAGGCAGUGGUAGCCACAAAUGCCUUACAUUACAUCUCCAACCCUGAAAGCUUUACUGAAAUUGGUAGGAUUUUAGUACCUGGUGGAAUUACUGCAUUCAUAUGUAAUUACGUGGACAUAGAGGCUGCACCAUGGGCACAAUCAAUCUUCGAUUUAUCAAAAAUCUAUUACCAGAGUGUUGGUGUAAGGUUUAUAUUUAAUGAAAGGGGUUUUGAUGGUGGCUGGCAAGAGAUGCUUAUAAAUACUGGUGUCUUUGGGGAGAUUAAAGAAGAAUUUACAACUCAUUCAGAUUCAAUCACUGAAGAAGAUGCCCUAAAGUUAUUUAUGUCCUAUGGCUCAUUCCAGUACUGCAGUGAGGAAGAAAAGAAAGAUGCCAAAACAAAAAUAGAAAAAAUAUUAAAAGACAACUAUAGUGGGGUUGGGAAAAUCAUGAGGGCAUUGCCAAUGAAGUGUUUUAUGUAUUGGGCUGAGAAAAAGAAUGCUACCUGAAAGAGUCAGAUAAAUUUGAUUUAUGCAGUAGUGACUCGCAACAUGUCAAACAUAAUGUUAAAUCACAGCUGAGCAUUACUUAAUUAUCAGAACAGCAGUGCUUUUUAUUGCUUAUACUUUUGAUAGAUAAUUUUGGAUCAAGUAUGCACAUGUUAGGUAUUAGGUAAUUUUAAUUUUAAUUUUAUUAGGGUAUUUAGGUUAUAGGCCAGGUAAAUCAUGUUCRUGGUUAUUUUAAUUAUAAUGUGUCAGUACAGGUAGUCCAAUUUUGAUUAAAGUAUAGAGGUAAAAAUAUGAGAUUUUUUGUAUUUGAGGUUAAGGUAUUGUCCUCCAUAAGGUUAAACAAACAAAUGAAAAAUCUAGUAAAAAUUAAGUACAAAA